AUGGCAACAGUCGCAGCUCCCGCGACGCCUCAACGGCCGCCGGUACCAGGACAAUGGAACACCCCAGGCGCUGGAUACCAGAGCAUCUUCGGUCCACAAGCUGCCUCUUUGCGACAGACCACGCAGCAAGCACCGGCGUCCACGACGGGCACAGCGACUACAAGUCAAGUGGACUCGCCGAUUCAGGUAGCCGCCAAGACCAUCAACAGCGCGUUAGAGAUGGAGCAGCGCUUCCCAGAGAUGGAGUCGUACAUCACACAGGGCAUCAGUGGAGAAUACGAACUACCCUCGAGUCCUGCAUGGCUACCUUUUCAGAAGCUUAAGAUGCAUGAUCUGCCGCCCAAGUUACUCGAACAGGCCAACUACAGCGGGAUGGGCAUGAUGAUGGGCAUUUUCCCGCCUGUCAAGCACGCGUGGGUUGCGCUGGACAACUGCUUAUACCUGUGGGACUACACGCUCCCAAAUCCAGAGAUCAUUGGCUUCGAGGAGCUAACACAACCCAUCACUGCUGUCAAGCUGGUACCGCCCAAGCCUGGUGUCUUUAUUUCAGACAUCAGGCAUAUGAUUGUCAUUUGCACCGCGAACGACAUGUCCUUGCUAGGUGUGGCAGCACAAAUCACUUCGACAGGCGCUCAGACCAUUGCUCUCUAUAACACACGCAUGUCGAUACCAAUCAAGGGAGUUGGCGUGGGUUAUAUCGAAGCUUCUAGGAAGACCGGGCGUAUAUUCUUCACAGGCAGCCUUUCGGAUGACAUUUUCGAGUUCCAGUAUCAACAAGAAGAAGGAUGGUUCCGAGGAAAAUGCAGUCGGAUAAAUCACACCAAGAACAGCAUGAACUUCGUCUCCGAGAACAUCCAUGCCGUGGGCAAGUACUUUGGCCCGCAGCCGCCCACGAGAAAGCAACUGCGCCAGCUGGUCAUCGACGACACCCGGAACAUCAUGUACUCCUUGAGUACGACCAGCGAAAUCAAAGUCUGGCUCAUCAAGGAACGUUUGGAGCAGUCACUGACGCGGCCUUUGUCUUCCCUCCUCCAGGGCACCGGGCACUUCAGCAGCCGGACAGAGCUCCUCACCGCGAGAGAGGUCCGUCUGGUCUCGAUCAGUGCGUUACCAGCUGCGGAAGCUCGCAAGAUCAGUCUUAUGGCCACCACGAACACUGGCUGCCGACUGUAUCUCUCUCUCACCCGUGGCUAUGGAUAUCAGGUUGACGCACAAAAUGCGCCUUCGAGCAUGCAGAUUCUGCACAUUCGAUACCCUCCAAAGGACCCCAACGCAACGACGACUACAGCUCAGCAGAAUCAGACUGCGCUCACUGCUUACAACCAACCCACCAGCCAGGUCGACACGAAUUCGGAUUACCUGAAGCCUACAACAAUGGCAUACAGAUUUUCUCCUGGAUACUGGAUGGCUUUUCAGCCGCAUCCAAGUGACCCAGACACCAAGGACAGAGUCUUUUGCUCUGCAACCGACAUGGCACGGCUACAGAAUACAAGCGACAACACCCCGUUGACUUCGAAGUUCUCCGAAUUUGGCCAAUGGAUCGAUUUGCCCUCGGAAAUGCAGCAGGUCCAGAGCAUGACAGGAGACUUUGGCGCAACAGGCGAUCCCACUGGCUUUGGUAACGAACUUGCUGCGCAAUACGACACUGCUGCCUCUGAGUUCGCGAUUGUUACAACCACAGGUGUGCAGACUAUUCGACGAAGAAGAUUAGUAGACAUCUUCGCAGGAAUGAUGAAGUAUGGCUCAUCAGAUGACGAGGGCCUUGAGGGCGACAUCAAGAAGUUCAUCCGCAUUUAUGGCCGCGCAGAAACAGCGGCCACGGCUUUAGCUGUAGCCUGUGGUCAAGGUAUGGAUGUUGCUGAGAGCCGCGUUGCCAACGUCACAGAUCCGGAAGUUCUCGAGAAGGCACGUCGAGCGUUUAUCGAGCACGGCGGCAAGCCUGACUACAACACGAAUGCCGUAGUCGGCAAUAAUGGCGAUCCUGUCCAGAACGUACGCGCGAGUCCACGCCACGAUGGCAUGGCGCUCUACAUCUCAAGGCUUGUACGAUCGAUCUGGAAGGUGCGGAUUAUCAAAGAUUCUGCUCGGCCUGGUGCUGCCUCGCAAUUAGAGUCCGCCAUUCCAGUGGCAAGAUUGCGCUCCAUACAGCGAGACCUCACCGCAUUGAAAGACUUUCUCGACCGAAAUAAAAGCUUCAUCGAAGGCUUAGCUGGUCCGCGCGCGCUCAGCAAGGCCAACACGGUGCAAGAAGAGCGCGCACUUCAAGGCGAGCACAAGUAUAUGUAUAGCCUUCUGCAGCUUAUAAACAGCAUCAGCGAGGGGAUAAGCUUCGUGCUUACGCUGUUCGACGAGACGCUCGAAGAGAUUCUAGCUCUUCUUCCCGAAGAUAGCAGGAAUCGCACGAAAGAGCUCACUUUCGAGAAUCUUUUCUGUUCUCCUGGGGGACGCGACCUUGCCAAAGAGCUUGUCAAGGCGAUCGUCAACCGAAAUAUUGCAAAUGGAAGCAAUGUGGACACUGUAGCUGAGGCACUGCGCCGAAAGUGUGGCAGCUUCUGUAGUUCCGAUGACGUGGUCAUCUUCAAGGCUCAGGAGCAGGUCAAGCGAGCCUCAGAGACCGGUUCCGAAACUGAAGGCGGUCGGGUGCUCCUGAACGAGAGUGCGCGCCUGUUCCAAAAAGUUGCAGCCAGCCUGACCCACGAGAACCUCGAAUCUGCUGUCCAAAGCUAUGUGGCCAUGGCUUUCUACGCGGGCGCUAUACAAAUAUGUCUCACCGUUGCUUUGGAGAAGGACAAAUCGAAGCGGGCACUAGCCUGGAUGAAGGAGGGAAAGCCUGCUGAUGACGAGCGGGAGAAGGCAUUCCAGAGUCGCCAGCAGUGCUACGAGUUGAUCUUCUACACCAUCGCGGAACUUGAGAAAGCUACUGCAAACGUACCUGAUGUUCUGGACGGCAAGUCCACGCUGGAGACGAAGAGACGCAACGAGGCAUAUGAUCUCAUCAACAACUCCGACGAUGUUGUAUUCCUGACAUGCUUGUACGAUUGGUACGUCCAGGCAGACGAGGCAGACCGGCUUUUGGAGAUUGAAAACCACUAUGUGGUGGAAUAUCUGAAGAUCCGCUCAGAUAGCAGCAGGACGCAUGCUGAUCUACUCUGGCGAUACUACGCGCACCAUCAUGACUAUUUACAAGCGGCAGAAGUGCAACUCUUGAUAGCGACAUCCAACUUCGACAAUCUCCCUCUGGAGAAGCGCAUUGAGUACCUCUCGCGAGCGCGGACGAAUGCAAGCACAAGGCAGACUGUUAUCACCGACUCGCGCCAGACCAAGCAGGCAAUUCUGCGUCAAGUCUCCGACCUUCUCGAGCUUGGUAUCAUCCAAGACGAGUUGAAAGAUCAGAUAGGGAAUGACACGCGUGCAACCCCGCAGAGACGUGCAGAAAUCAUUUCCGAGCUCAACGACAAGAUCCUGUCCAUAGACCUGCUCUUCCAUCGAUAUGCUCAGAGCGCGGAAUAUUGGGACAAAGUCCUGCUGAUCUACCAGGCUGCGGACCAUCGCAAUCCAGCCGAUGUUCGGGUGGCAUGGACAUGUCUGAUUCAAGACGAGGCUUUCCUCGCGCCUGCGAAGUACGCGAACAGCACCCGGUGGGAGGCUGUGGGCAGUGAGGUCACAGCUGUGGGUAAACGGGUCAAAGACUCACCUGCCAUCUUCCCCAUUCAUCUGAUCUUGCCUCUGCUGGAGAACUUUGCUCACGACCUACCUCGAGGAGAACAACCGCCGGAGAAUUGGGCCGUAGACCUCUUACUCGCUCUAGACAUUCCGCAUGAGGCGCUUCUGCCCGUGCUGGAGCAGAUCUACUACAGCAAUGAGCACCCGUUCGUCGGAUCGAAGCGGAGACUGAUUGCGGCAAAGAUGGUUUACUUGCUCAAUCACUGGUUUACUGCAAGCGACCGCAACGGCGACCGGGUGCUGUUUGGGAGUGAAGAGAACUUGGAAAUGGUGCAGGAGUGCUUGAAGGGUCUGCAGAGAGGCGAGAUGGAUGCCGUGUCGAGACAGGCGGCAGAUGGGCUGAUUGCGAGCAUUGCGCAGGCAAUGAGAUGA